AUUAAAAAUAGUCUGUGAUGUGUACUGCUCUUGCUGCUGCUCUUUCGGUGCUGCUGCUGUAGCUGUAGCUGUUGCUGUUGCUGCGUACACACAACACACGUAGGAAACACUACCAUGUUGACUACACUCUACACUCUAAAUAAAAAGUGCAAGCGAGAUGGCUAUUGCUACUAGAAUCAUUGUAUACAACAUCUUACAUAUACAUGAACAACAAGAAGAAGAACAAGAACAUCAACAACAACAACAACAACUGUCUGGCCUAAUAUCAAAGACGACGAAUUCAAUUUGCUAUAAAGAAGGCAGAGCACACUUUUGCCCAUCGCCAGCAGUUUCUUCAGCUUCGCCAGCUUCUGCUUCAGCUUCACAUUAUCCAAUGGCUGCUCACGUGGAUUUCGAUUUCGAAUUCGAAUUCGAUUGCAGUGUGAAAGCUUGCAUGCUGUAGACGGGGGACACAGGACAAACAGACAGACAAAGCAUUAGCCUUUUACAUGCCCCCAUUGACAUGGACACCAGCAACACACAGUUAAGUGCAGCAACAACGCCCGAGUUAAAGUCGUCGUCAUCAUCGUCGUCGUCGUCGUUUGCUAACUGCAGCCUGCUAGCGGAGACAACAACCACAGCAGGAGCAACUACAGCAACAUCAGCAGCAGUCGCCGCAUCAGAAGCCGCAUCAAUCUUGCAACAGCAACAUGAAUCGACAACACACAAGCGUGCAACGUCGCAAGGAUUUAAUGCAAGUGCAAGUGCAACUGGAACGCAGACAGCAACGACGAUAGCAACGAAUACAACGGCUGCCACGGCCUUGAACCUGCCACCGCCUACAUCAAUGUCAAUGCCAAGUGAUGACGCUCUAUUGACUUGUCCGCCGCCAUUUACAACAGCAACAACUGCAACAUCAGCAGACUUACAAGCAACUGGAAUAACAGCAGCACCAGCAACAGAAGCAAUCAAUUGCACGUCAAGUGCGUCUGCAACACUUUGUGCUAGCGAUUUUGACUCGGACACCGAGCUAUCAAUUGUUGCAGCAGCCGCCACACAAGCGGCAACAGCAGCAGCAGCCGCAGCUGGCACACUUGCUGAUCACCCAACAACGCCGCCACCGCAUCAAGUUGCAGGCGCAACGGGAACGGGGACAGCAGCAUUGACGGCGACAACAUCGUCGUCGUCGAAUGCAAUUGGAACAGCAUCAAUCAAUGGCCACAGCAGCAAUGCUGCAGCUGGAGGAGCAACGCAUCCAAGUCUAAACACCAAACAACAGCGCCAACAGAAGCGACGUCGCGAGCGUGCGCAGCGCCUGCAGGCAGAGCGCGAUUCAAGUCGCAGUAGCAGCAACAACAUCAACAACAAUUCAGCAAGUGUUUUGAGCGCCGCCAAUUUGAUUGCAGGCGCAACUGUUGUCAGUCUGGGCAUGGUGACCACAACAACGACAACAACUAGCGGCAAUAACAACAGCAACAAUAAUAAUAAUGCUGGCCUUGCGCCCGCCAUGCUCUUGGCCAACAACAAUAACAACAGCCACAACAACAAUCACAACCACAACAAUAAUGUUUUGGGACCCGGCAACAAUGCCAUGCUAUAUCAUUUGAACAGUGCCGGCAGCAUGGGCGAAGACAGCAACAAUUCGAAUGGUAACUUCACCAGCAGCAGCAAUGGUAGCAACAAUCUGUUGCCGCCCACAGACAGCAUUGCAUCGCUACUCCUGAAUCCACCGCAUUCGCCCGAAUGCAACUCUGGCCUUAUGGCCUCGCCCAGCGACAGCGAAGGUGAAUCUCUCGAUGAGGAUCUGCUGUCGACGUCAUCGUCGUCCACGCUGUUGCUGCCGCGCGAUAAGCCUCCGCCAAGACCGCCACCUCCGGUGCGCCGCAAGUUGCCGCGUUCGCCGGUGCUGGAGGAGGAGAUUAUCGAUGGAUUUGCCAUAUUAGAGUUCAAAACGUAUGAAGAUCUUGAGUUCGCAAUCAAAUUGGGCCAAAAACGCAAAGAGAAACGUCUGUCGGCUCUGGAAGAGCUGACGUGCACGUAUAGCAUCGAGGAAAUGAAAAUGCCAAAGAUCAUCGAUACAGGACAACCUCACCCGCUUCGCACCAGCAAUAACCUGUCCAAUAACUUGAAGGAAAUUAACCAUCAUCAUCAUCCACGGGCCGUCAACAUUGGCAGUGCAAUUGUAGUUACUACUACUAACAGCAGCAGCACCACAACUAAUAUUAAUAUUAAUAAUAAUAAUAAUAACAACAGUAGUACGGCAUAUACUGCGGUUCCGAUGGCGCCCGAGUCUGAAGCUGAGGUAUCCUGGACUGGAGAUCAUCAAUCGUAUCGUCAUCAGCAAGAGCAACAGCAGCAACAGUCCCAGCAGCUAACUGGCAGUGCCAGAAAUAAUAAUAAAAGCAGUAAUCUAAGCAUUAGUCAUAAUACCAAUGCUAAUCAAAAUGAAAUUAGUAAUAACCAGCACAUGGGCCAAUCCAAGCAAACGGAGUCGCCGUCUGUCAACUCUGUGAACAACUGCUGUAAUGCAUCGAUCUCCGAGGCAUCCCUAUUGGAGAAUGGCAAUGACAAACCGAUGGCAGAUCGGGAUAUCACAUUACCAUCGUCGAUGUCCGUUGGUUUCGUUGUGCCAGACAAGGAGCUGAGUAGUGGAAAUGCCGCAAUCAAUUCUCAAAAUUCCAACAGCAAUGUUAAUCAUCCAACAACAGAAUAUCUUAGCAGAAAAGGCACGAAAUCAACAGAUUCUUCGACAGCAGUUAAAAGUCAACUGAGUGCCAUGCUCUCAUCGUCAUCGUCAUCAUGCCCAAAAAUCAAAAAGCUUAACAACUUUGAAAGCAACGAAGGCGAUGUGGUUGCAUCAGCAGCAGCAGCAACAGUUGAGGCCGCCGGACUGACGCUGCAACUUCAAGACUUUGCGAAUGGCUCAACGCAAGUCGUUGAGACCACAAGCAUUCUACUUAAGAAAGAACACGAUGUGAACGAAGCAUUUACUGAUGUUUCAGAGCAUUGCAAUAGCAACAACAAAGAAACUAAUAUCUGUGAUACAACUCAAGGCGAAAGUACGAGUUCGGAAAACUUGAUUGCUUUCGUUUUUCCUUCAACACCAUCCCAUGUUGCGAGUAUUUCACCCAGGCAAGCCACCACGUGCAAGUCAUCCGAAUAUCUUCUACAAGCGCAAACGAUUCCAACUGAAUCUGCGACCGGUGACAGCGAUCUCUCGAAGACAUCUGCAGCCGCUUUAUCAACGUCAGAAAUAAGUCAGGCGUCGAAUUCAACUAUAACGUGCACAGAAGCACUUGGGUCCCAUACAAUUAUUAAGAAGAAUGGUGGCAGCAGCGGAAACAGCUCGUCUUCGGAUAGCAGUUUACAACAGAAAAGCGUCAGCGCAACAAAUUCUGCAGUUAUAUCGACGAGCUCAAUGUCAGAGACCGGUGAUAGUUUACACUUACCGUCAAGUUCAGAUAAUCUAUUGGAUGUCAAAAUGGUCCAUCAACCUACGGCGGCUUCCAUUUCACAAGUGUCCAACGCUAGUGUCUCAUCAGUUGGUUGCGAUUCGCACAUAACAUCGGCCUCAUCUGGACAGGGUAGACUUGGUCAAUCGUCGUCAGCAAAUGCUCAAGAAAUGAUGCUAAGCGCCAAGAUGGUAACAUCGUUAGGCAUCGAAGCUGUUGUGCCGCCACGACCCACAAUUCCACAACUGUUGACUGCCAGCAAUCCUUUGACACCAGUUUCUGUGGCACAAUUGCAGGGCAGUACGUUUGGCGAGCGAACGUCGUCUAGCAUGAAAUCAAAUGAUAAAUCAAUGAUAUUGAGCGCAGAUGGGAAUAAUACGACGCCAGUUCCCAUCGAUUUGCAGAAGAAUCCAUCUGCUAUAAUGCCAGUGUCGAUGCCAACGAAUCCAGUCGCCAAUGGAUUCCUCGCGGGCUAUUGUGCGCCGGUCAGUUGCAGUGCACCAUCAGCGGUUUUAUCACUAUCAGGAAGCAAGGGGCUUUCAGUACCAAUGACCUCGUUGCCACAAAAUACAGCCAGCAGUAGCAAUUCGAUUGCGACAGCAGCAGCUGUAGUUGCCGCCUCUGCUGGUAUCACUAAGUCGCCAUUUAAUACGGGAAUGGGUCCCGUUGUUGGAUCUGCAGUUGGCUCGUCAUUGGUUUUUCAUGGUGGACCACCACCACCAAUGCCCCACUUAGGAGGUGCUGGUGGACAUCCAAUGCUAAUUCAAUCGACGCCAUAUCGUACACCUUAUGCGAACUAUUCGCUGUAUGCACCGUAUAAUAGUGUAGCACACGGCCAUGGACAAUAUCUGCCGUCGGUGCUACCAAUAGUGGCUCCAAACACAUCAUCAGCAUCUUCACCCCACCGCAACAGCAGCAGUCGAGAACCGCAACCUCCGCCGCCGCCGCCGCCAUCAGGAGCGGGAGCGGGAGCGACACCACUGAAAGCACCAGUAACAAGUACAACGACAUCACAGCAUCAGCAGCCGCCACAGCAGCCGCAGCAGCAGCAGCUGAACGUCAGUGGGAUUUCAGUAUUGCGACCUGUUACACCACUUGGUGGCUAUGUGAUUAGCAGUAGUGGGGCAACAACAACAACAGCAGCAACCACAACUGCAUCAGUACCUUUGGUAAACUCGACUCAUCCUCCUCAUCCCCACCCACACAAUUUAUCGGUAUACGCGGCAGGAGGUGUCUUUGGUGUAUCAUCAACAACGGGGCCAGCAAUCACAACAACAGCAACACAACUGUCAGCACCCGUCGUAACGUCCGUUGACGUUACACAGCAACCGCAAUUACUUCCAUCUGCACCACCUGCAUCGCAAAUGCUCUCACAAUCCGGUUAUCCUUCUGCCCAUCAUCUGACGCCACAAUUGCUGACAUCAUAUUCACAGUUUGCACCACCAGCAGCGCCACCAACACAACAACAUCAGUCGUCAUCGGUGCGCUGUAGUACCACUUCAGCAAUGAGCACUGGCAACAACAACUAUAGCAACUCUGUUGUCACUGUACAAAAUGUAAUGACAACGAUGUCAUCAACAUCGUCAAUAAAUACGCCAAUAGCAGCGUCAUCAUCUUCAUCUGUGAUCCAAAAAACUCUUUCACCCAAAAGCGACAGUCCUAGCCGAGAUCGGGACGUCAAUUACAGCAUUUCAAGCGUUCGCCCAAACAAUACCGUAUCGAUGGCUGGCGCACCUCAAGGCAUCACGUUAGGCCCGCAGUUCUGUGGCCUAAUGCCAUCGACACCUAUUAGUGGUGGCGCCUCCGUAUCAUCGACGACUGCGUUAUCAACUGCCACAACUCAUUCGGUUUUAGCAGUUACCGGUCCCAAUAUAGCCAAUUUUUCUCCAAAGACAGGGCUGUGGCUAAACUCCCCAGUUAUGCAUCCUUCAGUAAUUCCUCCUCCAUGUGCAUCAUCAGUGCCAAUUGUGUCGAGUGGCAACGUUCGACCAUCACCUUCCCCACUGAGCUCUGGAGCUGUAGUUGGAACACCAACGAGAGUUAUUGGAAAUGCAUUUUCACCACACGCCUCAACUCAUUCCAGCACUGUCGGCAGUGGAAAUCCCUCAGCACCAGGAAAUUUUCAGUCAACCUUCUUCGCAACACCAUUGGCACCGCCGCUUUCAUCUUCAAUUACACCCACAUCUAUACCUAUGGCUAUUAGCAGUAGUUCCGUGACGAUGUUGCCCAUGGUGUCUCACACCUCGGCAGUCAUCGCAACGAUAACAACAGCGACAACGACAACAUCGUCGGUUACAACUGUGGGCACAGUGCAGUCCACAGUUCCGACCGUGUCGAGUGCAGUCACGCCCACAGCUCAUCCCUUUUCGGCCGAAUCUCUCUUUCAACCAAGCAAAAAUGAUCAAGCAGACUUAUUGCGUCGCGAACUCGAUAGUCGUUUUUUGGAUCGUUCUGGCUUGACCCAACCGCCACCACCACCAACAUCUUCGUCAACAUAUUUACGACAAGAGCUGCACCAUCAUCAACACCAGCAUACGCAUCUGCAUCAACAUCCACCACAUCCACAGAUGCUGCCAACAGCAGCAUCUAUGUCGGCCGCUGCUAAUACUAUUUUGCCUCAAACACCGCCAACGUCAGCGCAAAUAUUUCCACCACCACUAUUUAAAGACAUUCCGAAAAUUCCCGCUGUCGAUCCACAAUUUUAUCGUGCUGGCAUCGGACUACCUCCUGGGUAUACCGGUUAUAGUCCAGCAGGGCUGCUGCAUUCUGGAUUGGGUGGACCUACUCCGUUCAUGCCGCCAAACCAUUUGACCUCAUUUGCUCCCAAGAACACUAUGUCGCUACCUUCAGUGUCCCCUACUAUAAUACCAUCGAUCUCUAACCCCUCCAAGGUCCUCCCGCAGCGAGUGAAAACUGGACGUUGGAAUGCUAUGCAUGUCCGCAUUGCGUGGGAAAUUUACUAUCACCAAAACAAGCAAAGUUCGGAGAAAUUAGUGUGUUCCGCUUCCAUUGUUGGCCCAAGUCAUAGUAGCUGCAGUAGCAGCAUCAGCGUCAACUCUGGUUCAUCUGGUGCACCUGGCAAUGCGAGUAAUAUGGUCGGCAGUGGAGGAUCAGCCAGUGGCAGUGGCUCCGCUAGCAACAUUGUCACAUCUGUUGCGAAUGGAAACGUGAUGGCAGCAGGCGGACCAUCGCCAGCAGCACUUGGCAUGAAAUCGUCUCCGGCAUUGGCUUUAAGUACAGCGUCCCCGCAUUUACUGCAUCGUUCUGGUGAAUUGCCUGCAGCUGCAACAUACGCUAGAUCGCCAUUUGAGGCUUCGCCUCUAGCUGCAAGUUUUAUUGGAGCACCACCUAGUCAUAUUGGUACAGCAGUUUCCCCUUUUGGACGGUACGUUGGAUCGUUUGGUUUUGGAGGUCUGACACAUUUUGGACGCGAUAUUUCUGUCGGUGGACAUUUAGACGCAUGGAGAACAAGUUCUGUGCCACGCUCUGUAGCGUAUCAUCCUACAGUUACAUCUGGACCAAGUGGUUGGCCAAUUAAAACGGAUCCUGCUUUGGAGAAUGCACGUCGCGAGGCCGAAGAACGAGAACGGGAACGCGAGAUAAGAGAACGCGAGCAGAGAGAACGUGAGCGUCAGCGACGAGAACGUGAGGAACGCGAACGGAAGGAGAAGGAAGAGAAAUUGAAGCGUGAGCAGCAGGAGCGUGAAAGAGAGCGAGAACGUGAACGGGAGCGCAAAGAGCGCGAGCGACGUGACAUCGAGCGCCGUGAAAUGGAACGUGAACGUUUAAUGCAGCAACAACGAAUCAACGAAAGCAACAAACAGGCAUCAGCUGCAGCAGCGUCGUCAGCAACAGCACGGGAUCGUUCACCUCAUCGCAGCAUCGGCAGCAUUGUUGGUGAGCACAAUACGGAGAUCCGCAUUAAGGAGGAACAUCCGCGUAGCACCAAAGAGGAACAGGAUGUGAUGCUUAUGCGUGCAUCGGCUGCGGCUGCUGCUGGUGUUGCCGUAGGCGAUCCGCGCUAUCAUCCAUCAUCGUUGGCAGCGGCACAGGCGGCGAAUGCUGCGAUAGCAACAGCACAUCAUCAUGCCAAUUUCAUGGUUUCGACAGGUCGGCAUGGGCCACCGCAUGGAUUACCACCGUCAUCAGCGUCUCAUUUGUCGCGCAACAUGAUGCCUCCCACAUUGGGUGUUGGUGGACCUCUCGCUCAUUUUGCCCCACCUGUACCACCGCCAUGGGGCAUUGAUGCAUACCGCGAUCCCUAUGGUCCAAUCUUGCGUUACAACCCCAUCAUGGAGGCAGCGUUUCGUCAUGAAGCCGAAGCAGAACGGCAAAAAGUCUUAAGUAUCUAUGCAGCACAAUCUGCGGCUCACUUGCGGGGUAAAGAACCAAGUCCCAUACCUCCGCCAUCGAUGGGCCCAUUGGGUCCACCUCCAACGCAUCUGCGUAUGCAGCCACCGCCACCAAGUGUUGGUCUAAUGUCAUCAUCAACUGCGCCACAGCCGCCUUCGCAACAAUGUCAGCAACCGCAAUUGUCGACAAUGGGAAUGGGGAAGGCGGGACCAGGAGGCGCGCCCGGUCCGCCAACGAUGAAUAUGGCUGUACAGCAUAUGAUAUCAGUUGAUCCUUUGAAAAAGGAACCUGAUCAUACCAUUGGUAUCGUAGUGAGUUCACCUGGGACAGGUAUUAGUCAUGGUGCUGUACCAACAAGCGUCAUAGGCAUACCAUCGGCUGCUUCUCCAGCAACGCCAAGUCGAUGAUAACCUAUUACAAAUAUGAAACUGAUACCUAUAGAAAAAUAAAGAAGUUUUGUCAAAUUUCAAGCACUUCCAUUUUUGUCAAUAUUUGAAUUUGUAUUCUGCUCUUUGUCCCUACCUCCACUCAACAACAACAACAACACAUCUGAGCCUGACAAACAAAAAAAAAAAAAAAAACAAACACCAAGAUAGUAAGCGCAACGCUUUUGUAAUAUAAAAAGAAUGAACGAUAAAAAUAUAUAUUUUAAUUUAAUUUUAAAGUUGCAAGAUGAAAUAUGAUAUAAACAGAACAUAUUUUACCUACUGAUCAAAAAACAAAAAAUAAAAGGAAUCCACGGUCAUCAAAAAAAGAUCCACUUGUUCUAAGAUUAUAUUUAUGCGAGCCAUAAACUUUCGCAACAAGUUGCUUCCCACUUACGUCUACCCGCAGCGACAGGCACAUACUCGUAUACAUACAACUAUAUAUUAUAUGUAUUAUAUAUAUACAUAUAUGUAUAGUACUUUUAUGUAUAUGUAUAUAUAUACAUAUAUGUAUCUAGUACUCUUAUGUAUAUGCAUAUAUAUAUAUAUUAUAUAUAAAAUAAGACUUUAAAUUUAUAUAAAAACAAACACCGAAUACCUAUUAGUUUAAUUAGAUAUUUAGAUUUGCAUAUAAAUAAUAGAGCAUUUGUAUUAUUUGUAUAAUUCGUGGACAUAAUUAUACUCAAAUGUACAUAUAUAUAGCAUAUAACAUAUAGGCAUACAUAUUAUAUAUACACGCAUGCAUACGUAACAAGAUACAAUUUGAUAAUAAUUAAAACAAAAAACAAAAAAAAGCAAAAAACACAAAAAAACAAAAAACAAUUGUUGUAUGGUACAUUUAGCAACUUGUGGAAUCAUACAAUACCAUUCCAAUCGUGCAUUAUAUGUUUCCAUAAGUAAUUUCAUGUAUGCCGGUAAUGUAUAUAAAUAAAUUUAAAGAUAUUGAUAAUAGAAACAUUGCUAAUAAUUCAACAAAA